AUGCCACCGCGCUCCCUCCUCCUCACAAUCGACGCCUUCGGUACCAUUUUCCACCCUCGUCUCCCAGUCCCAGAGCAAUACGCCUCGACCGCGCACGCUUUCGGGUUAUCCCCGUCGCUGGUUACCUCCGAGUCGCUGCAGCCCGCCUUCAAAGAGGUCUUCAAGGCGCAUGCUAAACAGUAUCCGAAUUACGGGAGGGAAUUGGCGUUGCGGGGGCAAUAUGGAGGGCCGAGACAGUGGUGGGAGGAGGUUAUACGGGGGAGUUUUGGGAAGGUGUUGAAUGGUGAUAAUGGUGGUGAUUUGCCGGAAGGGUUGGUGCAGAGGUUACUCGAUCGGUUUGCUAGUAAAGAGGGGUAUGUUUUAUAUGAGGAUGCGGGGGAGUUUAUGGCGAGGAUGAGAGAGGUCAAGAGAGGUCUUACGCAGAAGCAGAGAUUCGGGCCGUUUGAGAAGGUGCUUGUCGGGGUGAUUUCGAACUCGGAUGACCGCGUGCCGGGCGUUUUGAAGUCUCUGGAGUUGGCUGUGGGCGAUACUCGUGCAGACCAGGGCGUGUCGAGUAUGCGACUGGCGGGAUUCGAAGAAAGAAGUUCUUCCUCAAAGGAAGGGGAUAAUGCGAUCAACGACCUUGACCUUGUCAUCACGAGCUACGAAGCCGGAGAAGAGAAACCUAGUCCGGCUAUCUUUGAUGUGGCAAGACAACAGGCCAUGAGGCAUGUUGGUGCUAGUUCUGAGAAUGCUUCUCAAUGGACUUGUGUUCAUGUUGGGGAUGAUUAUUCCAAGGAUUACCAGGCUGCCGUUAAUGCUGGCUGGGAUGGGUAUUAUCUUCCACGGGAGGGUAAGGGACAGGAUCAGCAAGAUACGAAGAGGAUCCGUUCCUUGACUGAGUUGUUCGACCUGCUGGAGAGGUCCGAAUGA